CCCAUCUCACCGAAGUUUUGCUAAAUAGAUGACACGCAUAGAUAGAAUCAAAUGUACAUAUCCCCAUCUCAUCAAUUCCUCAAAAUAAGUUAGUGGCAAUUAGUAGCCUAGUGUCACAUUUACACAUAGAUUAUAGAAGAUGGGUGUGGUGAUAAUAGACGGCACCACUGUGAGAGACUUCGUAGCCGACGACACGCGUUUCACAAACAGCGUCAAUGAUCAAUUUUCAUCACUCGAUCUCAACAACGACGGCGUUCUAUCACGCGCUGAGCUCCGCAAAGCCUUCGAAUCCAUGAGACUCAUCGAGACUCACUUCGGCAUCGAUGUAUCAACUCCGCCGGAACAACUCACGCGCCUUUACGACUCCGUCUUCGACACUUUCGACGGCGACAGAAGCGGUACUGUCGACCGGGACGAGUUUAAGUCUGAGAUGAAGAAGAUUAUGCUUGCUAUCGCUGAUGGAUUGGGAUCUUCUCCUAUUCAGAUGGUUCUUGAAGAUGAUUCUCAGAGUCUUCUUCAGAAAGCUGCUGAUCUUGAAGCUUCUAAGAACGCUGCUGCAUGACUGUCGUUUUGGUAACUUGUCUGUCGUGUCGUUUUGAUUUUGUAACCUCUUUUUUUUUUUGUGACUAACCUCUUGUUGUAUAUUUAUGGAUUGUGGAUAUUAUUGUCAUAUGUGUGGAGCACUUUGAAAUGAAAUUAUUGAAAUUUUAAUGUGAAAAGGUUUGAUCUGAACAAGAAAAGAAAGAUGGCAUCUAAUUGUAUUUGAUUUUUAGGAACUAAGUUUAUUGAAUAAACAA